GAACCUGAGAAGCAAAUCUCAACUGAACUGAAACUGAACAUCAACAAACCCGAGGUAGCGGCGGCCCGAGGAAAGAGGCUCCACACGCCCCAGCACAGCCCAGUCCUGACCAGCUACCGUGCACCUGAGCCAUUGAGGGGAAGGCUGAGAGACCACACCACCCUCUGAGAAGAAAAAAGGCCAUUUAAAGGAAAUACAAACGCCAUGUAUCUCUUCGAACAAAUCAAAUUGCUUCACGACAAUGGCUUGCAUUCAAACCUCAUUGCUCUGGGCAGCCUGGUGCUCUCCGUGGCAGAGAACCAGCCUGAGAGUUACCUGCUGCCAGCCGCGCGUUACCAGACCCUGGUGUACGUGGGGCGGGCGCUGCAGAGCCUUGGGGAGUACAGGCGCGCUGAGGCCACACUGAAGGAGGCCCUGCAGUAUGCCAAGGCAGCUGCCAAGACCAAGGUGGCCAAGACAGCUGACAUGUUCAAGGAGGGACUCACAGAGAUUGACGUGAAGUAUGCCAUGGCGGAGUGCAACAUGGCGGUGCGUCAGUACAGCCAGGCCCUCACCGUGCUGGAGUCUAUCCCGCAGCGACACCGCACCCCAAAGGUCAACAUGAGGAUGGGCCGCCUCUACCAGCAGGUUGGUAUGGAGCGCCCCGCCAUCACCGCAUACAAGGAGGUGCUCAAGGAGUGUCCUCUAGCCUUAGAAGCUGUCCAGGAGCUGCUUAGCCUCGGUGUGCGGGGUGCUGAAGUCGCCUCCCUCAUGAUCAACAUACACGGAAGCUGUGCCGGGACUGAGUGGUUGUCAAUGUGGGUGAAAGGACACGCAUAUUUACACAGUAGAGACUAUACCAAUGCCAUCAGUUCCUUCAAGCACCUGGAGGAGAACUCUGCCCUCAGUCGCAACGUUGACAUUCUCGCCACCUUAGGGGAAACAUACUACCUUGCUGGGGACUCAAAGAAUGCGCUCACCUACCUACAAAGGGCCCACGUACUGAACCACCUAAACCUGCGAGGAACAGACCUACUGGCGUGUCUCCUGGCUGCUGAGAAGAGGAACCGUGAGCUGGAGGAGCUGGCCAUGUCUACCACAGCAGUGACAGACGGCCCCCAGCCCUGGAUCACUAUGGGCUACUACUGCCAGCUCAGUAAACGCACCACCAAAGCUAUAUAUUUUGCUCAUAAGGCGUGCUCAAUCAACCCCCGCAGUAUUGAGGGUCUGCUGCUGAAGGGAACGUUACUCCUGGAACUCAAAAAACUGCAGGAGGCUGUCAUGCACUUCAGGGAGGCAAUGCAGAUCGCACCACAUAGAUUUGAACCACAUAAAGGAUUAGUUGAUUGCUACCUCGCCAUGCAUCGAUCCAGGGAAGCUGUGGCCAUAGCCAGUAAUACCUGUAAACUAUUAGGUCAAACUCCUCGUGCCCUCACUUUAUAUGCAUCCGUUCUGGUCAAAGAUUCACUGACAGUCAGCAAAGGAAAAAGUUUGUUAGAAAAGGCAUUGAAAGAAGAUUCGUAUCAUCUCCCGGCUGUUUAUCUUCUCUGUGAACUGUAUGAGCAGGAUUUGCGAUAUGAGUCAGCCAUUGAGUUACUAAGGAAGCAGGUGGCCGUGCAGUCAACAAGUCGCCUGCACCAGAUGUUAGCAGAUUUCUUCUCUCGGGUGCACGACGAGGAGAAGGCGGCACACCACUUUGGCAUCGCCCUGAACCAUGAGCCAAGCAACACUAGAGCACUAGAGGGUAUGCAGAAAAUGGAAGCCGCACCCGAUGCAGUGGAGACGCCUCCCUAUGACAUGGAAGUGGAGGACAUAGGAGACUCGGAGGGGGAGGUGGAGGAAAGCGACCUGGAAGCUGUUUGGUCUGAUGUGGACUUCUCAUUCAGUGGACAGUAGCACACGUCUCCCUGUGUGAGCCGCAGCACUGCCCUGUGAGUGACGCUGCCCGGCCACCAGUGUGCUGUGUCCUCAUCCCACCAGUCACGUGGAGGCUUCCCUGACUCACCUCACUGACAUACCAAGCUGGAUGUCACCACUGUCACUGCCUCCUACCAUUACCUGCAGACUGUCUGGCAGGUUUGUGUCAUUGUUUACAUCAAGUGACCAUAGCAAGAAUAGUCACCAAAAUAUGUGAUAGUGGGGCAAAGACAAUGGUUGAAUGGUCAUCUGUAGUGCUGGGAAAUGACUGCUAACAAUGAUGCCAUAUGACCAUAGUAAAAAUAGUACUGAAAUGUGUAAUAGUGAGGUGAGGGCAGUGGUUGAAGGGAGGCUGUUUUAGGUGCUGGAAAAUAGAGUAAACCAAGAUCUGAGGCAAAAAGUAAGUCACAUAAGGAAUGCAAUAGGUAGACUGUGUGGAAGGAACAGUGAGGAGUGAGUGAAGGCCGUUCUUGAUGGAAUGGAGACAAGACAUCACUCUACUGAAUAUUUUGAAAGACAUUUUGUAUUUUGAUGCCAUUUUAUGUGGAAGUGGAAGGCCAGCAAUCUUGCCUGUGUGUGUGUGUGUGUGUGUGUGUGUGUGUGUGUGUGUGUGUGUGUGUGUGUUAGAAGAGUCUACAUGUUCUAUACAACACUAGGGACAAACUAAUUAAGAUUUUUUAUAACAAUAACAACUACCUAUCAAGAAAGUCCUGUGCUAGCAGUCCUAAGGCCUCCCAACCACUGGGUACCAGACAGUGUGCACCUCAGCACCUGAUGAAAGGCUGCAGUUAACCAACACUUAAAGAGCCAAAUACUAUGUUGAUAUUUUUUAUGUAAACUUAAAACAUUAGUGAAUGGCUGUUAUCUAACUUAACACAGUGAUUCAGGAGCUGUACAUAUGACUUGGUGUUUUCUUGUAUGUUUAUGUGAUAAGAUUUAUAUUUAUUUUGUUGAAAUAUGAGACAACAGUA